AUGGCUGAUUCCCAAAUUUUAACUCGAAAGCAAAACCUGUACAUGGCAAAACUAGCCCAUGAAUCCGAGCGUUACAAUGAUAUGAUGAAUUACAUGAAAAAUCUUGCAUGUACAGAGGUUUCUCCAUCUUCCGAUUUAACCCUGGAGGAGCGAAGGCUACUUUUCGUGGCUUGCACGAAGGUGAUUGGCUCCCUUCGUUCUGCAUGGCGAUCUGUGGCUUCCGUAGAAGAGAAGGAACUGGUUGAACAGUAUCGAGUCAGCAUUGAAGCCGAAAUUUCGAAGUUUUGUGAUGGGAUUUUGGAGUUGUUGGAUAAAUCCUUGAUUCCUUCAGCCUCCUCGAGUGAGUCGCAGGUUUUUUACCUCACAAAGAAGGGAGAUUACGAGAGGUACUUGGCUGAAAUUAAGGAUGGUGAUGAUUUUAACUUGGCUUCUGAAAAAGCCAUGGAAUCUUACAAUGCUGCAGAGAGAACUGCGUUGGCUGGCAUUCGUCCAUCGCAUCCUGUAAGGUUGGGUCUGGCUAUCAACUUGUCGGUUUUCUACUAUGAUGUCCUGGAGUCAUCGCAAGCUGCUCUUGGCACGGCCAGUGUGGCCUUAAGGGAUGCUCUUGCAGACAUAAAUUCAUUGCCUGAAGAACUCUACCAGGAAAGCACACAUAUGAUGCAACAACUCCAAGAUAAUCUCGAUCUUUGGAAGGAGCCUUGA